AUGCGCCUUUGCGUCGUCCUCAUCCCGUUUGUGGCCGCCUCCGUUGCAAACUGCGCCAGCGUCACUGGCUUGGACCCGCGGUCUGUCGAAGACGUGACCACCAAGUUCCUCGCGGCCAGGGGUCUCCGUGCGCAAUCGGAACCUUUUCAAGAAGAGCGAGCCGUACCUGUUACUGAUGAGGUCCUUGCUGGCCCUAGGGUUGAACAAGUUUUAACGCAUGUGGUCCAGGACCAACCACAAUUUGCUUCAGCUGUGGCACAGGCUAAUCGGGCUCACGCGACUCCGGAAGCCGUCCCUGUUCACCAACCCAAUGCUGACGUGCCUGCUGGUCCACAAACGCACCCUGAACCUCAACAGGCGCGUGCGACAGCUGAGGCACCGGAAGCUGGCGCAACUUCACCCAAAGCCAAGGAGCUCACUCCUGAACAGCAGAAGAAUUCCCAUGCUCAGGCUCAUGCGGCCCCGGAGAAGACAUCGAAGCUUCGCAAGACCUUCUAUUGGCUUGCUGGGAUCCUUGGUGUCACUGGAGCAGCAACGCUCCUCUUCAAACUCUGGCAAAACCACCACUCGGGGCCGCCCGAGUCGACGGCGGCGGCCGGAACUUUGGCCCCACCCGCGGCCUCGUCGUUGGUUUGA